GUUAGGUCGGCUCACUGUGGGGAUGAAGAAAGAAGAGCGCUCAGGGCCGUGUCUGGGCACCAUCACAGGGCACUGGUUCUUGGCAGAUCCCACUUCUCCUCGCCCUAGGUCCUUAGGAACCAGCCCUGGAGCGGGGGCUCAACCCCCAGACUUCCAGAAAUGACGUCAGAAUCAUUUGCAUCCCGCUGCCUCUACCUGCCCGGUCCAGCUGGGACCCUGCCUCGCCGGCCCCAUGGCCAGAGGGUUGGGUGAGUGUGUACGGGGAAGGGGGCUGGACUCUGGUAUCCUUGGAUGGGGGGCACCCCAGGCUCUCCAGCCUCCUGGGCUUAGCCUGGGCCCCUCCCCAUCCAACCUCCACUCCAGUCCUCCUCAUUCAACUUCCUCUUCCUGCAAAAGAGGGGCGCUGCCCGGUGACCUACACAGACUGAGACAGGAUCGCCAUGAAUGGAGACCUCUGGAAAAGCUCAAGAGCCGAGGCCCAGGGGGCCCACCGGAGGCCCAAGGGGAGACCAUGGGAGGGGGCUGAAUCACAGCCUCCCGACAGCCCCCCAGUGCCCAGGCUUUGGAAGGGAGCUGGGGGGCUUCCCAUCUCCUUUUGCAGGGGAGGGCUGUCAGUCGGCGGCGUGCGCACUGGGGGCACCUCAGCCCCCGCCAGCUAACCCCACAUCACCACCACCACCACCCCCAGCACCACCACCACCACCACCACACACAAAAAAAAUUGGAUACAUUUUGAAUAAAGCGAUUCGGUUCCUUAUCCGGGGACUGGGUUGCUCCGUGUGAUUGGCCGGCGGAGUCACAUGGUGAAAGUAACUUUACAGGGUCGCUAGCUAGUAGGAGGGCUUUAUGGAGCAGAAAAACGACAAAGCGAGAAAAAUUAUUUUCCACUCCAGAAAUUAAUGAUCAUGAGCUCGUAUUUGAUGGACUCUAACUACAUCGAUCCGAAAUUUCCUCCAUGCGAAGAAUAUUCGCAAAAUAGCUACAUCCCUGAACACAGUCCGGAAUAUUACGGCCGGACCAGGGAAUCGGGAUUCCAGCAUCACCACCAGGAGCUGUACCCACCACCGCCUCCGCGCCCUAGCUACCCCGAGCGCCAGUAUAGCUGCACCAGUCUCCAGGGGCCGGGCAAUUCGCGAGGCCACGGGCCGGCCCAGGCGGGCCACCACCACCCCGAGAAAUCACAGCCGCUCUGCGAGCCGGCGCCUCUCUCAGGCGCCUCCGCCUCCCCGUCCCCAGCCCCGCCAGCCUGCAGCCAGCCAGCCCCUGACCAUCCCUCCAGCGCCGCCAGCAAGCAACCCAUAGUCUACCCAUGGAUGAAAAAAAUCCACGUUAGCACGGUGAACCCCAAUUAUAACGGAGGGGAACCCAAGCGCUCGAGGACAGCCUACACCCGGCAGCAAGUCCUGGAAUUAGAGAAAGAGUUUCAUUACAAUCGCUACCUGACCCGAAGGAGAAGGAUCGAGAUCGCCCACUCGCUGUGCCUCUCUGAGAGGCAGAUCAAAAUCUGGUUCCAAAACCGUCGCAUGAAAUGGAAGAAGGACCACCGACUCCCCAACACCAAAGUCAGGUCAGCGCCCCCGGCCGGCGCUGCGCCCAGCACCCUCUCGGCAGCCACCCCGGGCACUUCUGAAGACCACUCCCAGAGCGCCACGCCGCCGGAGCAGCAACGGGCAGAGGACAUUACCAGGUUAUAAAACAUAACUCACACCCUGCCCCCACCCCAUGCCCCCAUCCUCCCCUCACACACAAAUUGACUCUUAUUUAUAGAAUUUAAUAUAUAUAUAUUUUUUGGUUCUUUUCUCUCUUCCUCCCACCUUAUCCCUUGUCAAUUCCAAACUGACAAAACAGAUAAGCCCUCUGCCCUUCUCUCCCUUCCACUGUUAAGGACCCUUUUAAGCAUGUGAUGUUGUCUUAGCAUGGUACCUGCUGGGGUUUUUUUUUUUUUUUUAAGGCCAUUUUGGGGGGUUAUUUAUUUUUUAAGGAAGAAAGCUGCAAAAAUUAUAUAUUGCAAGGUGCGAUGGUCUGGUUUGGGUGAAUUUCAGGGGAAAUGAGGAACAGAAAAAAAGGAAAGAGAUUUUUAAGCCAAUUCUCCUCCUUCUCCUCCUCCUCCUUCCCCCCUCUUUCCUUAGGCCUUUUGCAUUGAAAAUGCACCAGGGGAGGUUAGUGAGGGGGAAGUCAUUUUAAGGAGAACAAAGCUAUGAAGUUCUUUUGUAUUAUUGUUGGGGGGGGGGCUGGGAGGAGAGGGGGGAAGACAGCAGACAAAGCUAAAUGCAUCUGAAGAGCCUCUCAGAGCUGUUCAGUUUGAGGAGCCAAAAGAAAAUAAAAAUGAACUUUCAGUUCAGAGAGGCAGUCUAUAGGUAGAACCCCCCCCCCCCACCAUCGUGGUUAUUGUGUUUUUGGACUGAAUUUACUUGAUUAUUGUAAAACUUGCAAUAAAGAAUUUUAGUGUCGAUGUGAAAUGCCCCGUGAUCAAUAAUAAACCAGUGGAUGUGAAUUAGUUUUA